GAAGUGGCCGCGGGGUGGAGCUAGUGCGGCUGAGCCCAGGUGAAGCACCUGGACUGCCAAGCGGCUGGCAGGAGCCAAGUCUCUGGAGGGCGAGGUUUAGUUUGCGUGUUUGGAGUGUCGCUCGUGGGAAGAGCAACCGUCCCAAACACCCAAGAUGGUUUCUUCAUUGCAAGGGGGAGAAUGGUAACCCCACAGGCAGGUGUCCCCAUGCUGGUGUUUCUACAGGAAGCAGCAAGCGGAGCCCCGACCUGGGUCUUCAGAACGCCACGGAGGGUGCUACCCUGAUGGACACAUGCACAGCGUUCCUGGCACGGGCACCGGCGGGUGGCCAGGCCCCCAGCUGUGCUGCAACAGCUGCUGAGCAAGGUGCUCAGAGCACGGGGCUGAUCCCAAGGCGGGCGGCUCUGGAGGAAGGUGGAAGCCGUGGAGAGGCUGGGCUGGGACUGCCACAGCGGCCUCCCCUGGCACUGGGGGUUCCGGACCCUCGUGGGAAUGAGGAUGCUGGAGAGGGGCCCAGGGGCUCCCCUUGGGGACAAGCCGUUUACGAGGAAACUGGAGGGCAGAAGGGCCACAAGACCAGCACAUCCAGGUCAGAGGUCACCCUGGACACACGCUCUGCGGCCUGUGGGAGAGGCCCUUGGAAAAGACGGCCUUAUCAAUGUGGUUCCUGUGACAGGAGCUUCCAGUGCUACUCGGACGUGGUGAAGCACCGGAGCAUUCACUCCAGGGAGAAGCCCUACGAGUGCGGCGAGUGCGGGAAGGCCUUCAUCCACAGCUCGCACGUACUCCGGCACCAGCGCACCCACAGCGGGGAGAAGCCUUACGUUUGUACAGAGUGUGGGAAGGCCUUCAGCCAGAGCUUCAACCUCAUCAGACACCAGAGAACUCACACCGGAGAGAGGCCGUACAAGUGCGCCGAGUGUGGCCGGUCCUUCAGCCAGAGGUCGGACGCGGCGAAGCACCGGAGGAUCCACACUGGGGAGAGGCUGUAUGCGUGCAGCGAGUGCGGGAAGGCCUUCAUCCACAGCUCAAACGUGGUCCGGCACCAGCGGACUCACCACGGGGAGAACCCCUACGCGUGUCCAGAGUGUGGGAAGGCCUUCAGCCAGAGCUCCAACCUCAUCCAGCACCAGCGGGUCCACACUGGCGAGAAGCCCUACUCCUGCCAGGAGUGCGGGCGCGCCUUCAGCCGCAGCUCCUUCCUCAGUGAGCACCGGCGCAUCCACACCGGGGAGAAGCCCUACAAGUGCGGGGAGUGUGGCCGCGCCUUCAGGGCCCUGUCAGGCUUCUUCCGGCACCAGAGGAUCCACACCGGGGAGAAGCCUUUCCACUGUGCCAAGUGCGGCAGGGCCUUCCGCCUGAGCUUCCACCUCAUCCAGCACCAGCGGGUCCACAGCCCAGAGUGAGCCUGGGCGGUCUAGCGGGACAGAAGAUUCCAACAGCAAGAUGGGUGGGGAGGCGUUGGUGAGGCCCCUCGUUUUUUGGCCACAGCCCUGGGCCUGUGUGCUUGCUGCUGCAAGAAGAUAGACAGUAAAGCCAUCCCGUGGUCAACACCACAGCCCAUGUUGGGGGCACUCCUGCCUUCAUCCCCUACCACCUGGCCAGGAGCACCAGGAGAGAAACAGGAGCCUGGGGGAAGGCAGCGCCAUAGAGGGGACGCAGGUGUUCCCAAGGGAGAGACGUGACGGUGCCAGGUGCCACUGCAGUUCAUUCAUUUCACUUCCAUAGCAGUGGCUUUUCUCCUGAAAUACAAUUUACACACGGUGAAAUGCAGCUCUUAAGUGUUGGCUUUGAGUUCUGACAACUAUAACGUGCUUUGACCCUGAUGAGCACCACGCUGUCAGGACGCAGCCAGCGUCCAGCACUCCGGGAAGCUUCCCUCCGCCCCUUCGGGUCAGCCCCUCACCCUCGGAGGCAGCCAGUGCUCCCAUUUGUUUCUAUAGCUUUGCUUUUUCUAGGACUUUAUAUAAGUGGAGCAACAUAACAUACUCCUCUUUGUCUUUUUCCUUUAAUGUUUUUGAAGUUUAUCCAUUAUUAGUUUUGGGUUUUUUGUUUUGUUUUUAGCUUCAUAGCACUUUUGAAAAGGCAAGAGUCACUUUCUGCCUUGUAUCAAAGUUGUAUGUUUAUGUCUGUGUCGUCCUACCAAAGCGCAUGCUCCUGCAGUGAGAAUUCCUUAGCCCAGCCCGGAUGCUCCUCUGUGGCGGGCACACCUGUAAGUCCGUGAGACGCGCAGGGCCUGGCCAGGGAAGAGGUUCUCGGUCACUGGUUUUCACCCCGCUCUGGAGGAUGCAGAACUCUGCUCGGCCUCAGGGAAGCAGGACGAGACAGCAAGUCUGAGACGUUCGUACUCUGAACAGAUGUCCCUGAGCCAUGCAGGCUCUAUGGCCCUGCAGCAGGGGAGGCCGCACCAGUCAGAGGGCAGGACGGACAAGCGGAGCAGCCAGCAGAAGCACACACGGGGACCAGCAGCACAGGAAAGCAGUGGGCAAGACAGGGCAGGAGGCAGACUGGAAGGAGCACCUGCAGAGGGCGUUCCUGAGCUGCUCUCAGCAGGUGGACGACACAUGCAGAGCAAAGGCCAGGGCACGCUUGGGGGUGUGAUGAGGGUAAGAAAAGAGCUUGCUAACAGGACUGUGCACCUGGCCACGAGCCCCGGGGUCCAGCCCAGGACCCAAAUCUGUCUUGGGCCAGCUGUGGUCUGCUGUGGUCAUGAGACGUGUCUGCUCCAGCUUCACUCCUGACUGAAUUGUCUGGGUCUGCUAGGCAGCUGGGACUUCCAAAAGAGUAGCUCAGUUCUAGGGCUCGUUUCAAGAUGUGAGGUCAGGCCACAGGGUUGUGCAGCCUGUAGGGGCAGAGCUGCCCUCUGAGUGGAUUUAGUGGCACCACAGCUGUUGGGCUGCUGGCCAAGGUGAGGUGGAGGGCAGAGCCUGGGACCCCCAUGCUGAGCCAGGAUCCUCGGGGGCUAAAGGGCCCCAGAUUUGUGGUGCCUCCCAGGUAGCUCUUCGGAGCAAAGAUCCCCCUUAGACCCUGCAGUGUCCCUCUCGUGAGGUGAAGCAGUGAGUGUGCAGAGAUCACCAGGUACACAGGACGGUAAGGCUCACUGCAUGAGAGUCAGCAAAGGAGGAUGUAAACCACAAGAAACUGCAGGCAAGGGGCCAGAUGUAUGUGAAGUGUUUGAAGAAGACAGACAGACAUGGGGACAAGAAAGCAAUGAGAGGCUAUCAGGCACGAAAGGCACAGCUUUUGAAGAACUUUCAGAACUGGAAAAUAAAACCAUUGAGUUAGAACUCACCGGGCAGGUUCAGUAGCAGGGGUGAUGGCUGAAGAAAGCGUCAGUGUGGUAGGAGAAAGAUCCAAAGCCCAGGAUCCCUCGGGAACAAUGAUAGGGGAAACGUGAAGGGAACGUUCAGAGACGUGUGGGUGUGACAGGAGUCCCCGGAGGAGGAGGGGAGACACAGCAAAGCCCUACAUGGACCCCCGUGAUGACGCAGGUCGGCUCCCACAGGCCAAGGCUGGUUUCCUGCAGGGUUGAGGGUGGGGGUGGAGGUAGGUCGGGCAGGGGGACAGCAGCGAGCCCAUCUGGGGAAGCUGAGUGUCUGCAUCCACAGUUCAAACCUCGCUCAGUCUCCCCAUACGCAGGCCAGUGAAACAAGGAGAGAAGGUCGAAAUUGUUACCAUGCCCUGGAAGUUCCAGCCAUUCUUGAGACCCAGAAUCAUUGCCUUCAGUGUCUAAGCCAGAGUAGACCACUGCCAACAAGCAGUGCCCGCCUACAGCUGACGCCCAGCCUGGAUCAACUCCCAUGGCUUCCGGUGGCAUCGGCGCCUCAACCACAGCGACGCGACUGCACUUUACCCCCUUCCAGUGCUCCAGCAAGCCUUCUCUUCAGUGAAAAGCAAACUCGCGGAUCCAAGAAGUACAAUGUAUAUGAAGCAGCAUAAAUUAAGAGAAAUCCACACUUGAGACGCAACAGGGUGAGAGCACCGACCAUCAAGACCUUGAGAAGCCAGAGAAAGGCCCCGUCAGUCACGCUGUAAGCCCCCUGCUCAAAGCCAUCAUCAGACGGGACAGCAGUCAUGCCUUUGGCAUGCUGAGAAAAUACCUGUCCCACCAAGAACUGGAGGCCCAGCAAAAUUAUACUCUAUAGAUAAGGUAAAAAACACAUUUAUAAAUAAGUCAAAUCUGAGAUAGUUUAUCCUUAAGCAACUUUCACUGAAAAGACUUCUUAAGUCUGUGAUACAGAAGGAAAGUGUCUGCAGGAUGGCCUUCGACACAAGACAGAGGAUCAGUGAGAGCGUGGCCUGAAUGCAGCAAGAGAGCACAUGGCUAGAAGACUUUCAGGGUCUCAGAGCCUCCUGUGCUGGGAAGACGCUUUAAUUCUAGUCUUUAAAUAUGCACAGUAUAGUUUAACCUUAA